CCGCAAGUCCGCACUGCACUCCGCCACUCCCCCAAUCCCCAGCAGCCUCCUCCAACCCACGAGGCCACGAGAGAGAGAGAGAGAGGCAGAGGCAGCCGCUGCCCCGGAGCCACGCCUCCCCUCGCCUCAGACCCGCGGCUGGUGCUCGCUCGCCGGCGGCGGAGCGCCGGGGCAGGUAAGCCGGCCCCCCCGUGCCCGUCCUUCGGAAGUGUCUCUGCAGCAGAGGAGGACACGCUGCUGACAGUGUGCGUAACCUCCCCCCACCCCCGUCCAACCCCAUGACCGAUUUAUGAUCCGGUGAUCCACUGCUAUCAUUACUGCCCUAUUUUGCUGGCUGCAGGCUUGUGAUAAUGGACAACCUUGGGCAUAGAGAAAAUGGCAGGCAAAGGCCUGAGCAAUAUAAAGCGCUUCAUACUCAGUGGAUGAUACCUCAAAGGCAGCUAAAAGACCAUCAAAGUAUGAAUCUCCUGGCACUGAUGAAUGAGAAGGACAGUGCCAUCCGAGAAAGGGACCAUGCUCUCGCUGAGAAGAAAGCAGCUAUAGCUGAGCGAGAUAUGGCAUUCGCCCAGCGGGAUGCUGCAAUGGCUGAACGGAAUGCUGCAAUAGUGGAGAGGGACAACGCCCUAGCUGCACUCGAACUCGCCCGUACAAAUGGGUUUAAUAUGAAUAGUGGGAAUGGAUUUCACCAAGGACCUCCUCUCAAUGGAACAAAGAACAUCCAUCACCAUGACCAUCUGUCUCAUGUCCAAACAUCCCCGCUGCAGCUGGCCAAUUCUCCAUAUGACCAUGUCAGGGAGAUGCACAUAUCAGAAGCAUACCCUAUCGCAACAGCUCCCGCAAGUGUUGGGAAGGCUAAGAAGCCAAGGAAGAGCAAUUCUCAAGCUUCUCCAUCGAAGAGGCCAUCAGGUGUACUCCGAAAAACCAAGAAAGCAACCAGCGACUGGAAGAAUGCGGGGACUACUGGUGGAGCAGGAGAUUCAGCCCGCGCUUCUGUGAUGAAGAACGAGUGGAAGGACCAGGAUCUCGGCCUGAACCAGGUGGUGUUCGACGAGUCAACCAUGCCCGCGCCUGCCUGCUCAUGCACAGGGGAGCUCCACCAAUGCUACAAAUGGGGCAGUGGUGGGUGGCAGUCGUCUUGCUGCACCAUGAACAUGUCCAUGCACCCGCUCCCGGUGAUGCCCAACAGGCGCCACGCUCGCAUGGGGGGAAGGAAGAUGAGCGGGGGCGCGUUCGCGAAGCUGCUCAGCCGGCUGGCAGCAGAAGGUCAUGACCUCUCGACUCCGGUGGACCUCAAGGACCACUGGGCCAAGCAUGGCACGAACCGGUACAUCACCAUCCGGUAGCCAGCCGGCGGCCACGUUGAAGCCUGAGCCUGGAAGGGGGGAGAGAUCACACAAACGUCGCCUUGCCCUGCAUCCCCUAAACCCUCUCUUUUGCUAUGCUCUGUAAUGCCAUUGGUUUGUAGUGGAUGGAGCACUUCUGCGUUCAUGAAACCACAGCGUUGUAGGUUCUCCCCUCCAUUGUGCUGGACUAGUAAACUGUGCUCGCGAGCUGGAGUGCUGAAGUCCGCGAGAAUCCAUGUGUAAUUGUAGCUCAGAAGUAUUCGUCGCGUGAUAGCUGUACAGUUUGACAUCUGGAUUCGAGUCGAGUGGUGGUAGUUGAAGGUCUACUGUAUAUAGUUGGCUUCAGUAUCAUGGCCGCCGUUGAUCUGAAGCCGACGUUCCAGAAAUCCAGACAGAUACACAAAAAAGGUGGUGUCUGCUGCUGAAUUAUUCGCAGAACUAUAGUCUCUAGGAUACCCAGAAACAGAACUCGCAAAUCUGAAGUUGUUCAGAAAUGAGAAUCUAAAGUUUUUUUUA